AUGAAUCGAAAAAAGUCCUCGAGUACCCCAGUCGAAAACCCCGUCGAACAAGACGAAGAAAUGUUAAAAAGGGCCCUCCUACACCCGUCGUCUCUUCUCCGGGCACCGCAGCACCUGGGCAUGAAAGUCCUCGACCGAGAUGCUUUCACAAAGAGAAUACCAACGGUUGCAGCAUAUAUCAAGGACAAACGAAAUAUUCAAAGAAUCCGAAAAGCUGCGGGGUCGGUGUUUUUACUCGACCCUUUGGAUCGUACAGUAAUCGAUCCCAAGCGGCUUUAUGGUGAUGAGGGGAAGCAGACGUAUAUCAUACCUUUGCUACCAUCUGUGAACGUAGAUGAUGAGAGUUCUAUGCCGGCGGACCUCGCUCAGCUUGUCAAAGAGGAUAAAGUUGAAUUGGUACCUAAGGAAGGGAUCUUGACAUAUGCAGAUUUCGGAUCAGAGGAAAUCUUGAAAUCAAUCCUGCCACGGGAUAGGUACGAUGGAAUACAUCGUGGGUUUACUCUCACCGGGCAUAUCGCCCAUCUAAACAUCCACGGCGAAUUCACAAACUACAAAGAAGUAAUCGCCCAGGUAAUAAUGGACAAGAACCCAACCGUUGAAACCGUCGUCUCCAAGAUCGAAGAUGUCGGCUCUCACAGCGAAUUCCGCACUUUCCCCAUGGAAAUCCUUGCCGGUAAAUCAGAUACCCAAGUAUCUCUCCGUUCUAGCGGUUGUCACUACGACUUCGACUUCGCGAAGGUGUAUUGGAAUUCGAGAUUAGAAAACGAACACGACCGGGUUGCAAAUCUAUGUGCGAAAGGCGAUGCGGUAUGCGAUGUUAUGGCUGGAGUGGGACCAUUCGCUAUCCCAGCUGCGAGGCAUAACAGAGCAUUAGUAUGGGCGAAUGAUUUGAAUGGCGACUCUUACGAGUCUAUGGUACGGAAUGUUGAGAAGAAUAGGGUCUCAAGCCUAGUCUACCCUUUCAACACCGACGGCCGCGAAUUCAUCCGCCUCAGCAGUAAAGCUCUUCUCCGCGAUGGAGGUAAAACCAUAACAUUCGAUCCAAACCCACCAAACGCUCCUCGGGACCCAGCCAUCAACUCAAAACUAAAACCCAUAGAAACCUACACAAUCCCCAAAGUUUUCAAACGUUUCAUCAUGAACCUUCCUGCCUCCGCCGUUGAAUUCCUAGACGCCUACAUCGGUCUAUACGCCGGAUUAGAGCCGUUAUUCCAGGAUCCAUCCAAAUCUUUAGCAACGCCCGGACAGGAGGAAAAGUAUCCUUUACCUAUCAUCCACGUUUAUACGUUCAAUCGGCACAACCUUAAAGAUAUCGAAGAGGCUGCGAAAGAGAUUUGUCAGGUUGUAUCGGGGUAUUUGGAUUAUCCUAUGAGGGUUGAGAGAACAGACAACCUAAAGGAUUUAUAUGCCCAAACCAUGCAGGCAAAGACUAAAGAGAAUAACUCUAAAAAGGCAACAACUAGCGGCGGGGCGGAGAAUGCUCCCUCUGGCUCUGGGAAGGUUAUAUCCGAGGAAUCCUUCCCUGAAGGAGGGAUUUCCGUUGGGUAUGUGAGAGCCGUGGCUCCGGUGAAGUCGAUGUAUUGCGUGUCGUUCAGGUUGCCGUGGGAGGUAGCAUUUAGAACCCCACCGAAGGAAUUGUCGGAGAUGGAGAAGAAGCUGGAGCAAAUGAAGAGUAUUUGGUUAAAAAGUGAUGAGACGGCGCAGUGGCCGGGAAAGCUGAAGCAGUGA